AUGAAGCUCCUGCUCUCCCUCCUGGGCAUCCUGCAGCUCCUGGGUGCCACUGCUGCUGUGUACAAGCAGUGGAUUCCCAACACCAAUUUCGAAACCGCCUCCAACUGGGAUAAAGGCAGAGUCCCCUGUGCCAGGGAUGUGGUUCACUUUGAGAAGGACAAGGUUGUCUCGGUCUUCGUCAGGUCUCCCCACGCGCUGACAGACAUGUACCUGCCCUUGAACGGAGAAUUCGUGCUGGCAGCUGGUGCAGCCUUCACAGCUUUCGAUGGCAGCUGGGAUCCAGGCUGUGACUCAGGUGGAACAGCGAGGUUCGCUGACGCUGAGCACCGCGCGUGGUUCGACCCCACGCUGUGGCGGGAUGUCCUUCCCGGCGGGGAGCUCAGGCCCAGCGGGCCCAUCUUCUCCGUGCACGAGGAGCGCGUCCCGUGCCGCUACGAUGAUGUUAUCUUCCAGCCCGAAACCUCCUUCCGGGUAAACACCGACUCAUCGCAGCCCGUGAUUCACCUCCGCAGCAUCUCUGUCAUGGGCCAGGAGCUGAACACCCCAUCAUCCUGGGCUGCGUACCUGGGGGGCCCCUCUGCCCCGCUGCAGUUUCAUGGCAAUGGCACUCUCCAGGUGACAGGCACUGGCUGUCCUGAUAAGUCUGGCUGUGCCUGCGGGAACGCCCUGGAUGGCCCCCGCAUCUGCGCAGCCCUGCUCAGGGCAUCAGGGAGCCAGUGCCCAGAGCCAGCGUGCCAGAGCCCUUUGCAGCCCCUUGGCCACUGCUGUGGGGUCUGUGGGGCCACCAUUAACCUGGAUUUCACUCCUGAUUUUGACCUGCAGAAGUACCAGGACAAAUUGGUCCAAGAGUUGCUGAGCCAGCCCAAAUACGCUGGCGUGCAGAUGGCCAUAUCCAAGGUGCACAGAGCACAGACCUUCCUGGGCAUCGUGUCCCGAAGCGCUGCUCCUCUCAUCCAGAUCGUGCUGAUUGAUGACAGAGCGGGAGUGCAGGCGGGCACCGCUGCGGAGCAGCUGGCAGCAGACAUCAUGCAGAACAUAGCACAGCACGGUGAAGCUCUCGGCAUUUCAAGUGGCAAAGUGGAAGUGGCCACUGGCAGCACUGCCAGCGGGCAAGUGGGGAGCCUCCCAGUGAGCAGGAUCACAGCGGGGACAGUCAUGGGGCUACUCUUCAGUCUCCUGUUCCUUGGAGGGAUCCUCUUUCUCUACAGAAAGGGAAAGCUGAGGUCUCUUCCCAGGUUUCCUGCCCUGCGCCAGACCCACCCCUGGGAGAGAAUGGAGGACCCGGCGUCCCCUGCACCAGCCAGUGACAAAGGCUUCGACAACCCCGUGUUCAGCGUGGAGCCUCCAGAUGUUGACCUUGGAGAAGUGACACCCAAAGAUCUCCAGGUCUUCUACCUCAACCCUCUGUACAAUGCCAGUGAGACAGAGACCUGA